GGAGCGGGGGCUCGUCCGGGGGUAGCCGCCUCCUCCGCAGCCUGCCGGCGCUUCGAAACCCGGACCUGCCUCCGCGUCUUCCUCCAGCGGCUCCAUCCCGCCUCCCGCGCCUCGUCCUCCCGCCGCCCCCGCCGCCGCGCCCCCGGUGGCUGCCUCGGCGGACCCGGGAGGGGGCCCGCCGCCCGCUUGGCUCGGCUGGGCCCGGCCGGGGAGGCGUGCAUGCCGCUGCUGCCCGCGGCGCUCACCAGCAGCAUGCUCUAUUUCCAGAUGGUGAUCAUGGCAGGGACGGUGAUGCUGGCGUACUACUUCGAGUACACGGACACGUUCACCGUGAACGUGCAGGGCUUCUUCUGCCACGACAGCGCCUACCGCAAGCCCUACCCCGGCCCGGAGGACAGCAGCGCCGUGCCCCCGGUGCUCCUCUACUCGCUGGCCGCCGGGGUCCCCGUGCUCGUGAUAAUAGUUGGAGAAACUGCUGUGUUUUGCCUACAACUAGCCACAAGAGAUUUUGAAAACCAGGAGAAAACUAUUUUAACUGGAGACUGUUGCUAUAUAAACCCACUGGUGCGGCGAACUGUGCGAUUUCUUGGGAUUUAUACGUUUGGACUAUUUGCUACAGAUAUCUUUGUCAAUGCUGGACAAGUAGUCACGGGGAACCUGGCUCCACAUUUUCUUGCCCUGUGUAAGCCCAACUAUACGGCGCUUGGAUGUCAGCAGUACACACAGUUCAUCAGUGGGGAAGAGGCCUGCACGGGCAACCCAGAUCUCAUCAUGAGGGCAAGGAAAACAUUUCCAUCCAAAGAGGCGGCCCUCAGUGUCUAUGCAGCUAUGUAUCUGACAAUGUACAUUACCAACACAAUCAAAGCCAAAGGAACAAGACUUGCUAAGCCCGUUCUAUGCUUGGGCCUGAUGUGUUUGGCCUUCCUUACUGGUCUCAACAGAGUAGCCGAGUAUCGAAAUCACUGGUCAGACGUGAUAGCAGGCUUUCUGGUUGGAAUAUCUAUAGCAGUAUUUCUGGUUGUGUGUGUGGUAAAUAAUUUCAAAGGAAGACAACCAGAAAAUGAGCAUAUACACGUGGAUAAUCUGGCACAGAUGCCAAUGAUCAGCAUUCCUCGAGUAGAAAGUCCUUUGGAAAAGGUAACAUCUGUACAGAACCACAUCACCGCCUUCGCAGAAGUCACAUGAUAUUGAAGCAGAUGGUUUUUCUCUGCAUUGGACAUCAUCCCUUUUCACCAUCCAUUCAUAACACCCAAAGUUUGUUUGAUUACAGAAGAAGUUUAUAAAGUUGUCUAAUAAUUUUUAUAAUUUUAAAAUCAGUGUCAACUUCUCUGUUUCCCCCACUAGACUGUGAGCUCCUCAAGGGCAGGACUGUGUCUUUCUUCUCUGUAUCCCCAGCACCUACAACAAAGCUUCGCACAAAGUAGGUGUUCAAUAAAAAUGUGAUGACCGAAUGAACAAAUUAAUUCUUAAAUAAAACAUUCGCUUUAGUUUCUCAGAGAAUCACUGAGACCGUGUGAAAAGAAACCUCUACACGAGUCCUAUUUGUACAAGAUAUCCCUCCAUUUGGGGCCAGUUAAGCUUUUUAACUUUUCAUAUAUCUAAUCAGCAGUAUACCAUAUUUCAUUUGAAGUGGACUUUGAAAGUCAUGGGGGUUUUUAUUUUAUUAUUCAGCAUGACAUUAUUUCCAUUCUAACAGAUUUCAGUGUGUGAAAUUACUUUACUUUUAGAAAGUAUGUUCUAUACUAAAAUAAUGUUUGCACAUAAUAUUAUGCUAUAUUUCACUUAAAAUAUCAUUCAUACUAUACAUUCUAAGACUGGUGCUUCUGCUUUUGAAGGGGAAAAUGCCAAUUUUUACUGUAAUAAGUAAUGUAUCAUAAUUAAAAAUUAUUUAUUUGGACUUUUGUUCCUGACAAUUGUGGUUUAAUUGUUGACUUGUAAUUUUUGGGUGCAGGCCGUGUUUAGGAUAGUUUAAGUGACUAAAUCCAGCAGUGACACCUAUUUAUUGUGCAAUUUUCCAUUGAUAACAGUGUCUUAAGAGUGGUCAAAGGCUCCAUUCUUAGGCUUUUUACUAGUCAGGAUUCCACAUAAUUUAAAUAGGAAAGAACACCUGGCAGAUAAUUUAAAUUAUAUAAAUGCUAGAAAUAUGGUUAACAUAUUUCACUUUGCAUUUGUGUAGCACUUUAUAGUUUACAAAGUAUAUUUUGAUUUAUUGUUUCAUUUAAUCCUCACAAUAACCCAGAGUAAACAUGAAGAGUAUGACUUUAGUUUUAUAGAUGAGAAAAAUGAAGCCAAGUCAGGGUCAGUAACGUGCCCAAUUCCACACAACUAGUAAGAGGCAGUUAAACUUAAAUUCAGGUUUUCUGACCCCAAACUUCCUUUGAAAUAUGCCACAGCUGCCAUACCAUGUUGGAUGCAUCAAGGCCUUUCCGAGGUCAGUGGAGUCCUGGGCAACUACCUAUCUUUUAAAAAAAUAAAGAGAUGCCAAAAUAGAAUUACAAAAGCUAUGCUGUAUUUUAAAUGUUUAUCUUUUAAGAAUGAACACUUUUCAAAUAUACGACUGUAUAGUAACCUAUUUAUAAUCAUAUUUUAAAAUAGUGUCAAGAGUCUAGAUGUGUGGUCUUUUGUGAAAUCAAAACCUAAAUCUGAUGACUCUCCUCCCACUCUUACCCCCAUGCCCUAGCCCCCUACACCAUCCCGCCUCAGGAGAGCCCACAAGGGACAUACCUUGCACUGAGCAAGUGGAAUUAAGAAUGAGAUUCAUAAUAAUAUAAGGAAGAUGAACUGGACCAUAAGAAAACCAUUAUUUGUACUCCUCAACCGUAACUUUGCAAUCUUUAAGGCUACCCUGAGUAGCUUUGUCUUAUAUGAGUAGAAGUUACUUGACUGAAAUGAAUCUUCCUAACCUUGACAGUACUAAAAAAUGAACUUUUAAUUUUCUCUGUAGUUUCAAUGGAAAUCAACAAAUAAAUAUAACCAAGAAUUGGCCAUUAAUCCCAAAUAGAUGUCAUUUGCUCUUUUCCAACAGGUGAGUAAAAACACGUCCAGGAGGGCCCAAACCAGAAAAUCCAUAUUUCUACAAAUGUCAGACUACUAUUGCAAAUUCAAUGCUGGUGGAAAUUUAGAACAUGAAAAAGCUUGGAAUGCUUUGAUCCUCCUUAAAGACUUUUUAGGCAAUAAGAGUAAUGGGCAAUCACUUACUGGGAAUGGAAGUGAAAAGGAUGAUCCUAAUGUCUUAAGAGGAAAGAUUACCAGUAAAACUUCCAGAGUUAGAUCAGUUCUAUCGGUUCUAGUAUCAAUUUUCCAAGGAGCCAGUUGGAAUAUUCUUCCUGUUGGAAGCCUUAGCUAUAUAUGGUCAUGUAAAUGUUUCUUUGUACCUUGCUAAACCUGGUCUGAAUGCAGGAGUUAUCAAUUCCUCAAAAAUCCACAUUUAACCCAGGAUCAGAGUAAGGUCAUCUCUAAUAUUUAAACAUCAUGGGCCUGAGAUUGUGCAAUGAAUGAUCAUGCCAUGAAGGAAUUUCAAAAGAAUAAAAAGAUACACAUGUAUAAGGCAAAAAGCCAGCAAAAAGCCCUUAACCAUGAUGCUGUUACUGAGAAUAACAAAACAUACAUUUAAGAAAAUGUUAAUUUGUAAAUAUUUACAUAUAUAGUCUAGUAAAAGCAAGCAAACACAUCUUUCUGAUAAAGACAUCUUUUUAUUCUACUUACUUGGGGUCCAGAUCAGUAUAAAUUGGUCAGCCUGAAAAUUUCAGUCGUCUCUGUUUGCAUGGCAGAAAUUCUGCACAUGUUUUAUCUGAUUCCUAAGAUUAUUUAAAAGGCUCUUUUAUGUUAAAAGAGAGGUGAACCUUCUUUGACAGACUUUGUCGAUUCCGCUUUUAGCUGGGCCUCUCUUUUCUCAGGAUGUAUCCUAGCCAAAUAUCUCAGUUACAUCGACCAUACAGUUUCCUUUGUGAAAGAGCAGUAGGGGAGGAGAUAAUUCUCUGCUGUGUAUUGUAUUUUUCAAAUAAAAUUUUAAAACUUUAAUUUAAAAAAUUAGGUUUCAUUUUUAAUUUUUUUCCCAGUAUUAGUCCUUUCUUGGGGGUAAAGGAAUAAGAAUGCUGUUAAGGUGAUGGAAGUCAGAUUGUCAGAGUGACUGGAGACUGUUUAGAAAUGAAUCAUGAUGGCUCAGAUUAGACCAGUUCUUUGGGCAGUUAAGUGAUGCUCUGCAUUACAUGGGCCAUCCUGGGAUUUUAUCAACCUCCUUACUUGCAAAUCACAACCCCUAGAAACUAUCUGGGAUACUGAGCGGGUGUACAAUCUACUACAUAAUCUAUGUCUGAUGUACAAGCAAGGUACUGAAAAAUAGAUGUAAACGAUCUCAUUCCCACCUCUAGGGCACGGGUUAUCAAAUUUUAAUUGCAUACUUUACAAAACUGUCCUGGACAUAUACCAAAUGGUUCGAUUUACUCCUUGCAAAUGUUGAUGUUCUCUCAAUUUGCCAGGCAUGGGCUUUCUAAUGAAAUUUGUGAGCUAUGAUUCUUUAAAAAUAUCAAUUAAGGAAAUUUUUCCAGAUUUCAAGUGAAUGAUUCUCUUCUAAGAAGAAGAAAAUAUUCAAAUUAUUCUUUCUUGUCCCCUUCACUUCAGAUGAUAGCUGGUUCUUAGUCUGAUAGACCUCAGGACAUUGUCAAGAUUUAAUAAAAAAAUAAAUCUGUUUUCCUCACCCACCCCAGGCUUUGUAAGCCAUGGGUGGGUUAUAAGAUCUGAAUUCUAAAUUCAGACUCCCAUGCUCAAAUCUGUGGCCUUGCUCAAAAGGACCUCCAGAUGAGAAAAUAUAGAUGAGUGGACACACAACCACCUCCAGCAAGCAGAUGAAACUCAAAGUUCAUGUCUCAAAGAUGCCAUUCUUAACAGGGGUGAUCCUGAUGGACACCAUCAUCUAGCCUAUCUUCAUAUUAUUGCAUUUAUUAAAGCAUUUCCAUUUUCAUUUUGCACUGAAACACUAUCACUUGUAGAAAAGGAAAUUUUUUUUUCUUUUCAGGAGGGAAAAAGGGUGUAUUUUUAGGUUGAUAUUAAAAAACAAAAAGGAAAACUUUUCCAAAAUAUUAAGACAUUUUGAGUAUUAGUCAGGUUUCCCAAAAGGUAUUGCUCCUGCUCAAGAAGGCCUUUCAGCUUUCAUUCAUUCAGCAAACAUUUAUUGCAUGAUUCUGUACAGCAGAUACUUUGCAAUGUGCUGAUUAGCAGCGAUGAGAGAGACAGACAUGGUCCCUACCCUUCCAGAUUGGAUAGUUCAGCAGCGCUGACACUGACGGUGCCCCAAGAGGUCUGUUUAAAGUGGGAGAAUUGGCUUGGAGUUUACCAGCUACCUACUCUCAGGACUAAGCAAAGGACAUUUUUAUAGAUUACAGCAACAGCUAAGGUUAAUAAAAAAGCAUUGCCUCCAUAAACAGUAUCAUAUAAUUUGACUAUUACUGAACUUAAAAUGCCCUAAAUUCAAUAAUGAUAAGCAUUUACUAUCUCUUACAAGUCUGUGGAUCAGCUGAGCCAUUUUUCUAUUCUGAGCUAGGCUCAUCCAUGCAUCCAUGAUCAGGUGAGAUGAUUUGCUGAUCUUGGCUGGACAGUCUCACAUAUGCGGGGUCAUCUUACUGUAGGUUGAUCUAAGAUGGCUUCACUUGGGUCAACUGAACUUUUCUCUACACAGUCUCUCAAUCUCCAUCAGGGUAGCUAAGUUCCUUCACUUAGGGGCCAAGACAGAGCAGAAGCAUGCAAGGCACUGGCACAUUGUCACUUUCCUCUCAUUCAACUGUCCAAGGCAAGUUUCAAGGCCAGCCCAGAGUCAAGGAGUGAGGAGGGAGCUGCAAGGUCACAUUGCAAAGGGGUGGACACAAAGAUGCAUGGAAAACAAAGGCCCUUUGUGCAUUCAAUCUAUCAUAAACUCUUCCUGCAGAUAAACCUUAAAAAUGGUCAAGCAGUGCCCCCUGUAUCGAGUUCCUCAACUUGUUGAGUAUGGAUUUAUUCUGAUAAGUAUGAGAAACCCACAAAUAGAAAGCAAGCUCAUUGUAGCUGAGCAAGGAUGGCCACCCCACCAAUCACCAACUGUGCCCCCAAAAUGCCUGUGUGAUAAAUUGGCUACAGAAUUAUCUAUCCAGUACUUAACUGAGAGCAAUGGGGAGCUUGCUGAAGUUUUCUAGGCUUUUCCAGAAAGACUUCCUAG